GCUUCCACGCACUAACAAGCGCGUUAUGCCUCGUUUGGGUAAAUAAAAGCAUUCUAGUAUUAUCCCCUUGUUUACCAAAACAACACAGAAUAGGUAAAAAGGAAACGACGCAGAAAGUGAAGAAAGUACAAGGAAAGCUAAGAGAGAAAAAUCAAAGUCCAAAAAAGCCAUCAAAUCAUAUACCCAAAUCUAUGGCAGAAACCAAAGAACAAGAACCUUUACAACAACAAGAAAAUCAAUCAACUAUGUUUCUCAUAAAAAUCAUGAGCAAAAGAAGAACAUGGGUAUUUCUCUUUGUUUCUGUUUACACAAUUUUAUUCUCAAUUUCUUGGAAUUUUCUUAAAACAGUGCUUUCUUGGUAUGAAUCAACGAUGUCAAAUUCAACAACUUCAGCUUCAGCUGGUUGGCCUGCUUUAUAUGCAUCUGUAUUAUUAGGUGUAGCUUUUGGGGUUUUGUCUAUGGUAGCAGCUUUAGCUGUUGCAGUUCCAGCUACUUUAGUUACUUGGAUUACAAUUUUGGUUUUGUUGACUUUUGCUGGAAAACCCAGAAGGGAUUUGGUUUUAGAAGGCAAGAAAUUAACUGCUGAUAUUAUUGGAUUUGUUGUUAAGGUUUUGAUUAAAGAAGGGAAUGUUGUAGCUGCUCUUUGUGCUGUUCUUGGUUAUUUUGCUCUUGUUAGAAGGAAUAAAGACGAUCGUGUUGUUGAUUAUUAACUUGAACUUCAAAUUGGGCAAUCAAGAUAUUCCAAUUUCUCCCUAAAUCAGUUUGUAGAAUCCUUUUGUUUUUACUCUUAAUGUUUUAUUUGAUUUGGUUAGUUAGGAUGUAAUGGUCAAGUUAUUUGGUUUGAAGGCAGCAAUGGUCAAGUUGUCUCUGUGUGACCCUUAGAUUACGAGUUCGAGUUGUGAAAUCAGUCUCUUAUGCUGCUUAUAUCAGGGUUUACUUGUACCCCGGCCCUUUGGUACACAGUUCUUCCCUGUAUCAUGCUGCUUUUUUGGUUAGUUAGGUUGUAGGUCUAGGUUUAAAGCUAUUUGAGAAGUUGUAUCUAACAGUAGAUUAUCAUAAAUGUCUAUGUCAUGUAUCAUACAGUAUGUGAAGUUGUAUCUAACAGUAGAUUAUCAUAAUUUCUUUUUGUUUUUGGGUGAUUAUUUGUAUUGUACUAAAAGAAGAAAGUCUUGUGACCUACUUUAUGGAAGUUGUGGACCAGAGGUAGGUCUAACUAACAUUGAUAUUGAUUUGUGAUCGACCAUUCAAAUUUUCCA